GGUGAGUCUCACCUGGCACACCUGCAGGCCUCGCUGGACCAGCCCACGGCCACGGUGAUGAUGCACCGGACGGAGCCGACGGCCACGCAGAACCUGGCGCUGCAACUGGCCGAGAAGUUGGGGAACCUGGUGGAGAACAACGAGCGGGUGCUGGACCAGAGACAGGGAGCCUACGGGGGGGUACUUCAGAGACCAGAAAGACGGCGGAUACCGCAAGGGCGACGGGUACCUGCGGCGCGGCGGCUUCCGGCAGGAACGCAGCAACUACUGAGGCACACCUGGCCCGCAGAGACACACCUGGCCCACAGCGGGACCCUCACCUGCCCCAGAGAUCCAUCACCUGCCCCACAGAACCCUCACCUGUUCUGAAAAUCCCCACAGCUGGGCAAAGAGCCAUCACCUGCCCCACAGAGGCCUCACCUGCCCCACAGAGGCCUCACCUGCCCCACAGAGGCCUCACCUGCCCCAUAGGUCCCUCACCUGUUCCAUCGAGGGUCCCGCGGCUGGAAAUUAAUAAAUGAGUAAUUAAAGACUGCGUUAA